AUGCCCGUCCGUCAGGUCGCCGACUGGCCCGCAGAGUUUGCUGGAGGAGGGCUCCCUGGCCGGCAAGGGGAGGAGUCUGCGGCGGCGCGGCGUCGUGGGAAAUCGGCCGAGGCUGCAGCCCCGGGGGCGGAUGAUCUUCGGCGUGUGGGGUUGCGCGACCCAGCCCUGCUCAACAAGAACAACGUAUCAAUAAUGCAAUGCCAUGCAGCACCCAAAGAGGGGGUGGCCGUGGCGGCCGCAUCUGUGGCCGCCUUGGGUCUGGCCAGCCAACCAGCCAACCAGCCAGCCCUACCUAACCCAGCACGGAUACGCGGCGCAGGCGCCGGUGUUCGCGCCGCCAACGUUCGGUCGCUUAUUUUGAGCACAUGCAGACCCCCAUGCGGCGGCUACGUGCUGUCGGCGGAUCACGCCAGCACCCGAUGGCACCUUGGGAAUAGCAGGCGAGCGAAGAAACUCAAAAGCCUUGCCAGGCCAGCAUUGGCUCAGCCCGCUCGGUUCCGGGGGCGGGCAUGGCAUGGAGGGGGGCGUGAGAGGGUGAGAGCGAGAGUGGUGGCCCACCGAUCAUCCUCCUGGGUCCCCGGUCCCAGUCCAGGCGCGCUCUAUAGCCAGUUUGCCAUUCGGAGUAACCACACCGACGGACAGUCAGCCGCUGCGAAGCGCUGCGACGCCUCCCGCAUUGUUUACUGUACCAUUAGCAGGGCUCAAGGGAACACCCGCGAGGGGGCGGCGCCCGUACGGAGAUAG